AUGGGGAAUCCUGAGUUUCUGGCUACAUCUGAUGCAUCACCGCCGCCAUAUACAGAAAGCGACCCACACGCGCAGGUCCCAGGGUAUGAAACAGCUGGACCUAGCGCGGUCGCUGCCACCAUCAAAUUUCCCCCAGCUCUGAACGGCUACUACCAAUGGAAGUUCACCACGACAUUUCACCUGGGGCCGACCGCAGAGCAAAAGCUCUUCGCGGUCUCAACACACACCCCCGUCUUCCACAAUAAACCAUCUGUGGUCCUGCACGAUGGGCCAACUAACCAGCACCCGGUGAUGGCAACAGCCCUGGCUGAUAGGUGGGGAAGAACCAGGCCGAUUGAACUUACUCUACCCCCGCGCCUAGAUGCUUCCUACGCGACGGAAAUUGUGGAAUCGCUCGUUCCCAGCUCGUCAAAACUUUCAACACCAACCUGGACAUUCGAAGCAUCUGUCGGUCCGAAAGGAACCAUGCGGGAAAAGUUCCAGUGGCGCUCUAGCCAUGGCGCUGAAAUCAAAAACCUGGCCGGUCACUCAUGCGGUUGGAAGCUGGUGCGUCUGGCGGAAUCAACAAGUGUAGGGGGGAGUAGGAAAGAGCGUGAUGUCGGAUCUACAAGUGAUGGCCUCGAGGUCGUGGCUAUCAUCGCGCACAAUGCCUCAUGGAGCAUGACGAAGGGUCUCCGAUUCGCGUUUUUGGGCAGCGGGCUGACGGGGACCAUGGGGGAGACGUGGGAGAUACUCGUGCUCACUUCGGCUCUUCAGCUGUGGUACAUAGAUGUGCAAAACAAUACCGCUGCCGCGUCUGCAGCUGCGGCGGCUUGA